AUGAGGUGCGCCAGGCACCCGUACGAGGGCGGCGUGGGCGUCUGCGCGCCGUGCCUCCGCGACCGCCUGCUCGCGCUCGCCGCCGCGCAGAACGCGGCGUCCUCGCUGCCCCCGCCCCUACCCCCACCGGAGCUCGAGCCGGAGCCGGUGUUCCCGAGCCUGCUCUUCUUCCGGACGCCGCAGGUCGGCCCCGCGUACGGCGCCGGGUCAGGAGCAGCAGCCGGGUUCGAGGAUGGCGACAUCGGGUUGUUCCGGAGGCGGCGCAGCAGGUUCUCCGUGCUCGCCGCGCUCUUCGGCCACAGUCCGGACGACGACAGAUGCGGCGACAAGGAGCGGAGGUACAGGUCCUCCAACUGGCUCGCGGGGAUCGUGCCGCGCGCCGCCCGCCGGAGGAGGAAGGACAGGGAGACCGCUCUGCCGCCGCCGUCCCCGCCGCGGCAGCGACCGGGGGCUCUCGCCGGUGAGCUUAUUGCGCCUUUCCUCUGA